AUGGCAUCCCAACCUGCAACGCCGCUGCUGUAUGCAGAGUUGCUCUCAAAUAUCCGCCAGAUAUCGCUGGCCAUUUCACUGGGCUCUGCAAGCGACGCGUCAACACGAGUAGUGGUGGCAGCGGAUGGGGAGAACGUCGAGCUCACACACCAUGGACAGUCACAUACACUACAUCUACCCGCAAAGGUAGCCCUUGGCGGCGCCAUUCUGCCAAUACAAAGGCCUGGAGCCUCUGCGCUCUCCUGGAGGUUACCGUUGGGUCAAGCAACAUACACGGAUGCAUCAUCAGCCGAGUCGUCCACUUGGACAGCCACCGAUUUGAAGGCCGGGUCCGAAGUUGUUUGUAGACAAUGCCAGGCCGUUGUUGUCAAGCGAGAUGUUGUCAAGGUGUGGAAAGACCUCCCGAGUGAGAACUGGGCUGAGAUGAUGGAGUUUUGGCACUGUCACAAACCUGGUGACCACAAUCAUGAGCAUCACCACCACGACAAGUCAAACGGCGUUGAUGCCAACGGGCAAAGCGCUAGAGCAGAUGACAUGAGUCUUGCAGCUCGAGGAUAUGGCGCGAGCUCGGCCAUUUCGGCGCAACAAGGUGUUGGGUUUGUGGAUUUGACAACGCUGUUAUUCGUCGAGCAGGACUGUUCCAACAUCACGUAUUCACUCUCUACCCCUGAGCAUGGAUCACCAGAGAGGCAAGUUGUUGCUUCAGACGAAAGCAGUAACCAGAUUCGGAGCCUCAACGUGUUUUGCUCUUCCUGUCAUUCCCAGCUCGGCUUUUACAAUUUCCGGACAGCCGCAGUCACGCUCCUCAAAUGGCAGAUCUCCUGCGAUUCUGUGUCCAACCUCAGCCCAGGACUUGAAGAGUGUCUUGCCGCAACCCUGAUUUCCACCAUAGCACGAUCAGGAUCCUCCAAGUCGCUGUUGCUUCCCAUCACAGAGACUAUGGCAACCACAGAGGAAGAAGGGGUAGGGAAGGACCAAGUUGUCCACGUAUGGGUGCUUAACAGUGGUAUUGUGUAUACAUCAUCUGCCACGGAGGCCACGGUGUCGAGGCCAGGAGCUGAAAGUGGUAUCCCGGCUAUCAAACUGCUUUAUCGGUUGGUUCCCCGAGAGGAGGCUGACCGCAUGCUGGAUUCACUUACUGGCGAUGCCCAGGAGGUGAACCUUCCGACAGAGGCCAUCAGGGAGGUUAUGGAACGUCUAGACAGGAGUAACUGUCUGCUGCCUACCACUGAACGGGUAUUCAAGGAGUGGAAAGUGGGUUUAUUGAGGCGGUGA